GGAGUCAUGAACGUUUCUUUCGCCCGCCUGAGCUGGGAAUGAGCCCACCAUGGUCGCAGACCGAAACUUUCAAAGCCAGGGUGGAUGUGAACGAACUUCCAGGCGGAGCCCCUCCUUAGAAACUGACCAAGAAACACACAGGGGCUAGAUCACGUGUUAGUCCAAGUUGAUGAGACGUUGGGUAAAUCUCUGAACUGGGGAAGGGUAUAUGUAACUAUUUUCAUCCUUUAAAAUAGUUGUUAAAGUGUCCUUUUCCCUCCUGUUGUCCAUUCCUCCUUCCCUCCCAGUAAUCUAAAUAAUUAAGAACUUUUAGAAGUGUAAACUUGUUUGAGGAAGUACUGAGAAAAGGGGAUCAGGAAAUGCUUAUCUUUGUUGGUCUCUAUCUUCUUUUUAAUUCUCUGGGAGGGAAGCCCAGAAACCCCGGGUGUGGAGGAGAGCCACCAGGAAGUUCCUCGAGUGGGUUUAUUUCUCUUCAGGUGUCUUUUUUGUAGCCCAGAGUUAACACUCGGGUGGAGAGAAAAAGGAGAAAGGUUUCCUUUGACUGGUCCAUCCCCUAAGGGGUGAAUGGGUCAUGGCCCAGGGCACUGGCAGAAUGCCAUGAGGCCGGCUGUGUGGUUAGGGGGGUGUCAUAACGUGGAUGAUCUACAUCAGGUCUGGUUGGUUACCAGGUUAGAAAGCCUCAUAUCAAGCCUCAGCUUGAUACCUCUUUGAUUUCUGCUGUCUUUUUUGUCCUUGUCUGUUUGUGGCUUAUGUAAUUUUUAAGAAAUGGAACUCUACUUGAACAUUUCCUUCUGAGAAAGUAAACCUGAGGCUUUAGUGUGUGUCUCUUGAGGAAGGAUAUUAGCAACUGAUUUGCAUUUUUAUUAAUUACCUUUUUUCUAAAAGACUUUUAUUUAUGUUUUUGAAACAUGGGCAUAGGAAAUGGAGAUAGACUUCAAAGACAAAUAGCAAGUUAGUGGAAAAUAAAGAGCUAAUAAGGCUUUCGGCUUGAUUUAAAAUGAUUGUGUUGUUCAGACCUUUAGUUUGCAGGGAAAAUAAGACAAAGAUCUAUUAAUAUUCCUUCCUGUCUGAUUGAUCUCUGUGUUCCACCUGCCAUAAAAUCGCACUUAAACGUUAUUUGAUCUUUAUAUAAAUUCUACAGAGGGUCCUGGUUUUAACAUCAAUGGGAGUAAAAAGAAUUACUUUUUAUGAAUUUUAGACCCAUUUUGUUGAUACGAUCUGAUGUUUUCAAUUCCAUAUGAUCUCAGGUCAUUUCAACCAUUUGGGGAAGUGCAAUGCCAUGAACCACAAGCACACCAUCAACUCAUGAUUAGAUCACUUGGCACAUCUCUUUUAAGUAAACUUACCAUUCAACUUUGUAUCAUUUGAUUUCUUUUUGGUUUUUAAUGAGCGCUAAGGAAUGGAGGAAGAGACUACUGGUAAGAACCAAUGAUUUGAAAUAUUUGUGAAUUUCCAGCCAAAUGUUGCCCAUAUUUGGGGCUAAAUGGUGAGUUCUGAAAUUCUUUAGGGAAUAUUGGGUUUCAGUGGAGAAAGGCAGUUAUUUAGUGGAGAAUUGAGUGCUUAUAGGAUUAGUGUUAAAAUCAUGAGGUUCACACCUUAAAAAAGGUUAAGAUUUCAUACUCCGAUUGUAGCAUAGAUAAUGGAGAGGGAACUUUAAAAAAAAAGUCUGCUUCUCCUUCUCCUCUUGUUUCUUCCUUUGUCUCCCUUCCCCCCUCAGUAAAUAACUGCAGCAACAACAGAACUCACCUUGCUUUUAACACACUUAUUGUAGGAGGUAUGGGAGUGAGAAUCCUAUUGGAAGAAACUAAUGAGCUUAGAUGACUACGUACAGGAAGGUUUUUAAAAGUUACAAAAAAAACUGUGGUCUCUGGACCACUGCACGGAAUCCUCUGGAGUGGUUAUUAAACAUGCCUGCCUGGGCUUUACCUGAGGCCUUGCUGAGUAAACCCUCUGGAAGGGGCUAGAAUCUGCCUUUAUUUAUGUAUUUGUGUAUGUAUGUAUUUAUGUAGCAAGCCCCCUCAGGUCAUUCUUAUGAUAAACACCAAGUUUGGGACUUACUUUAAUGUAUAAGGUAGUUUGGUCAGGAUCAGUUGGUAAAUAAUUACAAGUGGGGAAAACCAAGGACUACUCUUUAAUAUCCAAAAUGCAAUAGUUAGAAGACAGCAAAUGAUAACUCAGUAGGUAACAAUUUAUACCUGUCUAAAAAAAAUAGGGGAAUAUGCUGUCUAUGGCUAGGACUUGUAUGUUGAUGUGUAAAACUGGAAUUGGAGAGCUACUAAAUUCAGAGAACUAUAAAUGGAGCUCCUGUUGCUCCAAGACACCUGGCUUUCUGAACAUAUUAGUUCUUAAGGGCAGGAUUGCAAGUAUUCUUUAUAGGGAACCCUUUAUGUAAAUCAGUGUCUCCAGGAUUCCAGAGUGUUGAAACCACUGUGGUGGGAUAGAGAAAAGCAAAGUGAAUGAAAAAGCGCUUAUUGGAAUACUAAGUGCUAGACUUACACUUAAGUAGUUUGGGGAGAUAAGACUAAAAUUGGCAACAUGGGAGCUAAUUUCUUCAAAGCAGUAAUGGGAGAGAUGACAGACACAAAUCAGGGCAUGAUUAACAGUCCAGGUGAGUUAGGGACAGUUGUGGGAGGAGCUCAGACGUGAUCCCCUGGCAGUCGGGUAGCCCCGCAUCCCAGCCUGGCAGUGGGGUGGACAUUGAAACAAAGCCAGGUCUCCUUCCAAGCCCAACGCUGCAGUUUCCAGAAACCAGACUCUUACCUGAACAGACACGAGCAGAUGAGUGGGAAUUUAGUAACUCUCCAGCCGUUCCCUUUCUCAAGAUUGUGCCGAAACUGGCAGAAAACUUUAUUUCUUUGGAUUCUUUCCUUUGAGACAUUUCCAUCUGGGAUCUGUCCCUUCUACUUUCCCUCCCAGGACAUCUAAAUAACUUAAAAACUUUUUAGAAGUGUAAACUUGUUUGUCUGAGGAAGUACCGAGAAAAGGGGAUUAGGAAAUGCUUACCUUUGUUGCUCUUUAACUUCCUUUUAAUUCUCUGGGAGGGAAACCCAGAAACCCCAGGUGCGGGGGAGGGGGGAGCCACCAGGAAGUUCCUUGAGUGGGUUUAUUUCUCUUCAGGUGUCUUUUUUUUUUGUAGCCCAGAGUUAACAAUUGGGCGGAGGGAAAAGAGAGAAAUGUCCCCUUGACUGGUGGCAAGUGUGGUGGCCCUCCUAUCAUAGGACCGUCCACUGAAGGGUGGUGAUGAGCAGUGUCCCUGCUUCUGACCUACUUAAGGUUGAGGUCUGAGGAGAAUUGAAGGACUCCUUUGAAGAUGAGGGACUUGAACAGGCUCUGAUUUACUUAAAAAUAAGGAAAGCGGUCAAGACUAACAUAAUUUCAUGGGGGCAUAGAUUGUUAGGCCUGCAAAUAAUGUACCUGGUACUGAUUUUAUAUAGUCAGAUUUUUACUGGUUAUGAAUCCAUGUUGAGACCCAGUGCCCCCUCCUCCCACUUUAACCCAGCAGCAACACAAACCAUUUUUCGCUGUGUAGCUGUUCUUUUACAGUACGCCACUCUGGUGGUGGUCCGGGGUCCAGCUUUCCUGGCACCUGUCCUGUCUGUUCACUUACCGGGGCCUGUUUCCUAGGUACGUGCCCACCCCCUCUAUUAGCUUUGCUCAGGCUACCACAGCUGCUCAUUUCCUCUUGCUCAGACUAUUUCAUCAGUCUCUAACUUGCUUUCCAGCUCUGCUCUCUCUUUCCCGUCCAUCAGCUGUCAGAAUCACCUGUCUGGCGGUGUCUCUGCUGCCCCCAGAUCGUAUCCGUGCACAUUCCUUAGUUUGGCAUUCUGUGUCCUCGGGGAUUGGGGCCCCACCUACCUUUCUGGUUGUCGUCUGCUCUGCUCCUUUACCUACAGGAAGCUCCUGGCAGUACUGUUGCAGCUAGAGUCCCCAGAAUUCCCCUUUUCAUCCUGUUCAUUUCAUUUCCUGACUUCCUGCUCAAACUCACUUUUCCAGCUGCUUGUCUUAGAGCACAAGACCAGAGUUGCCCGUUCUUCCCCUCCCCUCUCCUCCCACAGCGCUUCCUAAAUUCUCCUCGGUGGAAAAGGAGGAAGCCCACCAGUGAUUUUUUUGUGUGUGUGGGGGGUGGGGCUUCUAUAUGAAAAGUAGAGCAUCGGUUGUAUUCUUUGUGCCUGUGAUCCCAGCUCUAUAUUAGAUAGAGCGCAGCAAAUAUUUAAGACAUGCCUGUUAGUGAUAAUAACUAUCAUUUAUUGAAUGCCUUACUAUGCACGAGACUCAACACUGUAAUGCUUACUUGAGUAAAUCCUUACAGUAGUCUUAUGAAGAAGGUGUAUUAUCAUCCAGUUUUACAUAUGAGAAAAUGGGCCCUGAGAAUUGAAGGAGCGAGCAUGCCCAGUACACAGUAAUUAAGUGGCCCAGCCAGGAAUGGAACCCAGGCCCGUCCAUAAAGUUCACUCAGAUACACGCUCGCUUCUGGCACUUGGCUUUGUGUUGUUGCCAUUGGGAUCCGUGCCUGGUCUCCCCCGUGUGAUGUGUGUGCAUGAUUCAGGGCUGACUCCAUUGCAGAUCUUGGUAUUCCUAGCAUAGCUCCGGCAAAUUGGAAUUCAUUCCUUAGAUGCUUGCUGUGUGGACCUGCAUUCCUCUGUGCCUACUCAAUUUAGCAUCCUGUAGGACAAACCUGAUUUAUUUUUAUAUCUUCUCUGUGUUAACACCCGGUAUGCAUUCAGGUAGUAUUUGUUGAGUGGAUGGACCACAGCUAUAGGAGACUCACUUGAGUGAGGUGUUCAGCUAUAAGAUGCCUGACUUUGUGAAGGUGGGCAGUCUCUCUGAGAGACCAAGCCCUCAGAUGUUCAGGAGAGAGCCCAGGAAGCAUGUGAAGCUGUUCAGAAUUGCGAAGAGCUGUACUAUGGCCGUGUUGUCCACCUUCAAUUUUAUCGAGAGUCACAACCACUCUACAUGGCAGAGUACACAUUCACUAGACUCAUUUCACAGUUGAGGAGAUUCACUGAGGAAAAUAAGUGGAAACUGAUAUAGUUUUGAUUGAACUCAGGCCUCCGGAGCAGAGCUCCUUUCCACGCUGCCUCCUUUGAAAGGCACGCACUGGGUGCUUUCCUACACCAACACCUCGUCCAACACAUUGUCCAUCAAAACAAUCGUCCUGCUCCUUGCUGUCUACGGAGGUGUCCCCAGAGAGCUGAUAGUUGCUGUUAUAGCCUGAAAGGUUCUAUUGUCCUCAUGUCACACCCGUGUUUACAUUAGUUCUUGAGGCUUGGCAGGUAAGACCUACUGGGUUUUUUGAAGUGUCAGUGAAGUGUGCUACUGUUACCACAGAGUAGGGGUGGGGGUUUUAUAUGCUCUGAAAUAUUUCAGGGAAUGGCUUCAAAUUAUUUUGUGGGGCCUGUCGUUUCAUCUUUUAUUCCACUAACAGUAAAGCAAUAUUAUUUGAAUAGAAUAGUUACUCAAAGCCUCUUUUGGAUACAGCUGAAAUCAAAGGAGCCAUUUGGGAGAAAAUGAUACAUAAAUAAUUUUGCAUAUAGUCCCAGACUUUUUGUGGAUCUGCUUCAAAAUAUCUAGUAGAUUGGUUUACCUUUGAAAGUACUAUACACACUUCCAUUAGGUGAAACCUUAGGUUUUAACAUUUUAUUAUACGGGGAAUUUUUUUCACCGGGAUUUGUUAUAGUGGGAUAUAUUUCUUUAUUCCUCCUAUGGAUUCAACCUUUAAAAUAUUUUUGUUUCUAAAAUAAACAUCAAUGAGUGAGUGAAGCUACUGGUUUGUAUAUAUUUUUUUCUGUUUUGGUGUCUAAUGUUUAUUAAACAUUGGCUCUUUGGGAUAAUUUAAGAUUUAUUAAAUAUCUACUCAGUAGUUGCGCAUAUUGUCGAAUCUGUCAUGUAAUUCUCGUUCAGUACUCAGAGUAACUUUAUGAUGUAAAUAGUACUAUUCCCAUUUUACUAAUGAGGAAGCUGGAGGCCUAGAGGUUAAGCCACCUGGCUAAGGUAACAUUAGUAGCUAAUGGGUCACGAUCAGAACCCAGGUUUGCCUCUUCCCUCACUAUUCAUGGUCUCUCAGAAACUCAUUUGCUUGGUUGUAGCAAAGUUUGCCAUUAAUACUAAAAAUCAGUCAAAGCAAAGUAUACCUUCAGGAACAUAACCUUAAAGGAAAUUAAGAAGAAUAAGAAAAUAUACCUUGCAUUCUGCUACUCUGACAAACCAAACUAGGACUUUUACCACAUCUCUUGACAGCUCAAUGUUAAAUAGUUACUUGGCAGGAUGAGAGGAGAAAAGGUGCCAUGAAAGAAGGAACAAAAACGUUUAGGGAGGUAGCUAGAUGGCAGGAUAAUUCUCAUCUGUCAGAGUACAGGACCUAAACUCUUAAACACCUGCUUGUUAUAGAACCAAGGGUGUCAAACUCAUUUUCACCGGGGGCCACAUCAGGCUCUCGGUUGCCUUGAAAGGGCAGAACGUGCGUAAUUUCAGCUCCUUAACAGUUAAGGAGUAGUUACAUUUAUACAGUCCUAAAAUUAUUUUGGCCCUUUGAAGGCAACUGCAAGGCUGAUGUGGCCCCCGGUGAAAAUGAGUUUGACACCCCUGUGAUAGAGUGAUCCUGAAAUAAAAAUCCCACUGGGAAAGAUAGUCCACUCCAUCUGUGUUCUUUUUUUAUUUGGCCAGAGAGAGACCUGUAUUGAUGUCAUGCAUCCCUUCACAUUUGUGUUGAGCACCAGGGGUUGUGGGAAGGAAGCAGUUUAAGAAUGCUUGGAAUGAAUGAAUCUGAACUCCUAGCAAAGGGAUUGAACAACAGUGCAGGAGGGAAAACGGAAGAUGCUAAGAAAGGAAAUGGAAGACCAUAGUGAGCCCUUGGCAGCAGCACCUGAAGGAGGUAAACGGGGGGAGGAGCUGCAUUAUCUUGGAGCCCGAGCUGCUUGUCACUGGUUGCCUGUACCAGUCUUGCUGCAUGAAGAAGAUAGACUCGUGAUUUCUUGGAGUAGUGGUGCUUUUUUGCUUUCUGGUACAAGUCACAGAAGUUUACCAGUAUAACUGAAAUUGUGUAUUGCUAGUCUCUCUUUUUUAAAGUGGCAUUUAUAUAAUUAUUACCAGUAAUUUGACCUUAGGUUAGAAAGUCACUAUUCAGUUAUUUAAAGAUUCACAAGUAUAGAAAUUCCCAUUCUAUAAAUGAUUAGGGGAAACCAUUAGACAUGAAAGUUUUACUUUGAGGCUACAUCUGAAUCUCGUGUUCUAAAGGCAGAUUUAAGAAGGCAGCAUAUAAUGUGAACAUGGCUUAAUGACGAUGAUUCAAGUUACAUGUUACUAAGCUUCCUUAGGGACAGAGAUGUAGCAUAGAGUGAAUUAAGCACUGGGAAUCACAACUUAAUAAUAUGGUGUAGUCUUUAUGUGUUCUGCUGCUUUAAGCAAAUUGUGUGGGCUGUUAUCUCCUGAGAAAUCCCUGUAAAUAGUAUUAGUAAUACUUUAUAAGUAGGUUAGGAGAAUUAAUUUACUUUUGUAAAGCAUUUUGAAACUCUUAGAUGAAAGGCUUUUUAUGGAGCAAAUUGGUAUUAGCCUGUUUUCCCUUCUCUGAGCCGGGAGAAAAUAGGCAAAUUAGGGUGGGAAGGGUAAUGUACCUUUUGGAGUUCUGAGUUACUUUAUUGAAUGUGAAGCGGAUAUUGGAAGUUCCCAAGAAUAUGGUUAACGAUAAAAGCAAACAUUUUUGGAUUUGGGAGUUGGAAUUAGCAUUGUGUUUUCAUCAAAGAUUUAAACAGGUUUAAAUAUCAGUUUGUAAUUGGCCAGACUUGGGGGCAAAUUGUGGCACCUUCUUGAUCCUGGGUCCCGACUUUGUUUUGCUCUUGAUUUUUUCAGAGAAGGGUAAGGCUGAAAAGCAGUCAAGUUUUAUUUUCAAAGAGUAAAAUGAAAAGCAAGAGCAUUUCAUUCUCUUAAGCUGUUCUUUGAAAUUAAAUCUUUUCUUGUCAAGUAACUAGCGGUAGGUCUUGGAACAAAGUUUUUCAUCUACAUUCAUUUAUAGAUUCAACUGUGUGUACUCAAACACAUCCAUGUGAAAACAGCUUUGCUUGGAAGAUUUAUAUACCACCCUCUUGCUUUAGAGAAGCCAGCAGUAUAAUAGGGUAGAAUAAUAUAUAUUCACAAGUACCCAUAAUGUGCAGUGUUUCUGAAAAAUGUAUGCUUCUUUCUCUAUUACCCCUACUUAAAACAAAAUUAUUCCUUUUUAAUGUUAUGCAUACUUGCUGCUCAUGUGACUGCCGUGCUGAGGCCAUUCUCCAGCUCUACUGGAAUUCCCAGUAAACUGGUGGGUGAAUUUUCCAAUUUAGAUUAGUCGCCUGAUUUACAGCAUUCACUUUCAUAUUCAUAUAACAAAUUGUGUUUAAAAUCUUUUUAGUUUGCUCGCCUUUUAGGGUUCAGAUUUACUAUCCAUUCAGUCUGUGGCCUUUAGCUUUGGGCAAGCUUUCAAAUAGCUCUUUCACAGAGAAUGUACUCACUUUAUCCUCCCACCACCCUUGGAUGGUGGAACCAAAGAUCACCUGUGUGUAAUUCCUCUCGCACCCCAACCCCUGCACCCUGCCCCCACUUUUGAGCUUGCUCUAGCACUGAAAUACGCACACUUGGUGAAUACCCUCCACCUUCCGUGAGGUAGGUUGGAGGGCGGAGGAUGUUGGGCCUUUGAGGGCUUUUGAGAGCCUGUGAAAGUAAUUGGCUCAAUUUACAUUUGUAUAAUGAAUUGAGUUACAAACAACCAUCAUGCAAAUGGAUCCUUAGAAUUCGGCCUGUUUGUGUAGUGGUUCUGUGGGCCAAGCUCCUUGGCCUUAGCGGGAGUUGAUAACUUGGCCAGAUUUAAUUUUCCAAAAAAAAAAAAAAGAUCCUUUGAAUCAUAGUAAGAAUGAAAAAUGCAGUAUGUUACAGCAAGUGUUUUAAACUGCAGGGCCUUUAGUUUCCCCCCGGUUUUGUCAUAGAUCAUCCAGGUGUUUCUUUGAAAGCUACAUGACACUGUCAGUAAACGCUAAAAGAAUACCUAUGCUGGAGCGGAUGUUACUGGGCCUAGGGUCGGGAUCCAUUGUGGCGUCUGUUCCCUGCGCGCCUGCGGCUCGGCCCGAGCUGGGGCGGGGCUUCCUGGCGUCGCCGGCGGAGCGCAUGGGCGUUCGGCGUCCUCGGCGCUGACCGCCGUACAAUUUCCGCCGUUGUCGGAAACCUGGCGAAGGCAGUUAGCGGAGCGCCGGCUGAGCUCCCGCGGUCACCAGCAUGACAGAUGAAAAAGACUCCCUGAGGGGACGCGAGGAGAAAGCGGAGGAGCCGGGCGUGCGGGCCAUCAGCAGCAGUGCGUACUCCGUGAAGCAGCAGGCGACGGAGGAGGAGGAAGAGCCCAUGAAGGUGGAAGAGGCGCUGGGGGCCGAUGGCUGCUCUGACAGCUGCUCUGACGGCUGCUCUGACGACUGCUCUGACGACUUCAGCUUUGGGGAGGCCCACAUAGAUCCCAAUCUCCUGGGGCUUGCGGCUGACGAGGAGAAGUGCCGGAAUAUCCGCAAGCAGUACCGGCAGCUCAUCCACAACGUCCAGCAGAACCGCGAAGACAUAGUGAACACGGCGAGCGACUCCUUAACCGAGGCCCUGGAGGAAGCCAAUGUCCUGUUCGAUGCAGUGAGCCGAACAAGAGAAGCAGCUCUGGAUGCCCAGUUCCUUGUUUUGGCUUCUGAUUUGGGUAAAGAAAAAGCCAAGCAGCUAAAUUCUGAUAUGAGCUAUUUUAAUCAAGUUGCAUUUUGUGACUUUCUGUUUAUAUUUGUGGGCAUGAACUGGAUGGAAGAUGAUGAACAUAAUGAGUUGAGCGGUUGUGAUGAUAAUAUAGCUCUUUCCUUCUGGGAGACAGUGCACAAAGAAGCAACAUCCUGGAUAUUGCGAGCUGAAACAUUUCACUUUAUUUUUGGUUCAUUCAAGUCACAGUCUUCUGCCCCAAAACACCGAUCUGAAUACCAUAGAAAAGCUCACAGAAUGGAAGAAAAUGGGGAUAUGCCUACAAAGCUGAGGAGGCUGGACCUGAGUAGUAAUCAAGAAGCCACAGAAAAAGAAGUGGAAAGAAUCUUGGGAUUGUUGCAAACGUACUUUCGAAAGUAUCCUGAUACUCCUGUGUCCUAUUUUGAGUUUGUGGUUGAUCCAAAGUCUUUUUCUCGUACUGUGGAGAAUAUAUUUUAUGUUUCUUUCAUUAUAAGGGAUGGUUUUGCCAGAAUAAGGCUUGACCAAGACAGGCUGCCAAUAUUAGAGCCAAUUAAUAUUAACCAAGUGGGUGAGGGAAGUGAUCCCAGUUCCCAUGGCAGGAAACAAGGAGUUAUAUCCUUGAGUUUACAGGACUGGAAAAAUAUUGUGGCGACUUUUGAAAUUUCAGAGGCUAUGAUCACAAACUCCUACUAACUAUUUUUGUUCUUAGUAUAGGGUGCAUUUUGUGGCUUUUCUAAAGUAUCUCAAAAUAGAGUGUAAAAUCCAAACAGAAGCACAUAUUGUACCUCUUGUAAAGUGAAAAAGUACUUUCCAGAACAUCAGAAAUUGUUUUACCGUGCAGUGUAUUUUUUUUCUUGGUAGUUUAUAAAGUUGUCGUGAUCUGUUGUUAAAAGAAAAUACUGGCAUGUUCAUGGAAAAAGUUUUUGGAUGUCCUUUAAGACUUUAUUAAUAAAAAUCGGUUCAAAAGUUCAGAAAUUAAAAGGUAUUUUAUAUUUACAAAAACAAAUUAGGUACGAUGCGCUGUGAUACUGUGUUCUUCUGUUACAGGGAACGAAGGGAAUCCCAUAUGGGACUCCUAAUCAGGUUGGGGAAAGAGUGGGUAAAAAACUGGUAAAGAAAGACUAUCAGUAGGUCAGUGAAUUUGCAAUAUUAUUAACAUUGUAAAAAAAAAAAUCAGUUGCCCUGCUUCAUUGCUAGGACAACUCGAAUGAAUUAGUGGGUAUCCAUAUUCUAAAUACUUCUUCUGUGAUUAGACUCAAAAGCAGUAGGGUGUCUACUGUAUUAGGUGAGGCAUCUAAGCGCUGAGUAGGAAUUGGUCACAGUUGGGAACGGUAUACUGAGCAGGGGACAUGGAAGCCAAAUACGUGGAAUCAUGAGAAGGUAUGGCACCGGAGAGCCGUAACUUUUUUUUCAUUUUAGCUGUUCCAUUUGAAUGUUAAACUGGGCAAAAAUUCACUUACUUUGUCGAUUAGUCCUCAGAGGUAGAUGAUAUUUUUUUCAGAUUAUUUGAGACAAUAUCUUUCAAUAUGCAGUUCUAGUCUGUAUCUACUUGGUUAAUUUCUUCCCUGGUCCCUAGUUUCUCUUUGUAAUUUUUGCUAGUACACAGAAUGUCCUUCAGAAAUCAGUGGUGUUUCAUUAUGUAACAACCUUGAAUAUUUGUUUUUAAUUCAAUUUUGCAUUUCUUAAUAGGACUUUAAAUGCCUGGAAACUUCCUGGUUCCCCCGAAAUAGUUGAUUGAUUUAUUCAUAAAACCAUAAUUUCUUCUUUUUGUUACUUUUGAUUGUUUUAAAAAUGUAAAUUGCAUCCUUAUUUGGAGGUUAUUGCCAAAACUUUAGGUCUUUAAAAACCAGUUUUUGAAGGUACAGAGAGCACACCAAUAAACCUUUUUGCCCCAUUUCUAUAGGACUUUACGUUGGUACUGGUGGAUUUUGCCAUUGUUUGGCAAGUGGAUAAGUAUUUUGCAUAGCAGUAAUGGUAAGUUUUCCUGCUAAGUCUAAUGUGGUAUGAGGAGGGAAAUCCAAAGGCUAAAUGAGUAACAUCAGGUUGAGAGGAGAGAUCUUAUAUGUGAGUGGCGGGAGGUAGGGGGAGAGGGAAAGGCUCUUUAGUGAUAGUGAAGGUUUUUAGCAAACAAAUUUCUCACCAAACUUGGCCAAUUAUUUUCCUAGCAGAUGAACCCUUAGAGUUUGUGGUCAGUGUGUAGUGGAGGUUCUGCAUGUCAUGAUCUUGACCUUCCCCGCAGUUCAUCAUCUAAACAGGUUAGUUUUCACUCAAAAAUGUGAAGGAAUGCUGACUAUUCCUGGUGUCUACCACCCUCUUGUUUAGCAGCUGGGAAGGCAUCUUUCAGUCUUGCAGAUCCUCAUUUUCGCAUGUCUUCCCUGAGUUCCUUGGUUUCCAGAGAUUUGCUGCUUGAGGAAAAGGUACUCUUCAAAUGAUAGCAAAAAGAUCUUGUUUCAGUUCUUUACUUGCCAUCCAGUUGCUCUGUCAAAUGCCCAGAGUCUUUAUUCUGAGGAGUGAGACUCGGUGAUGACUAGAAGUGUUAACAGAGAACGUGAAGGUUUGGGGUCUUCUCUACAGUUACAGCUGUUAAGGUAUCAGUCGAGUUGACCUCUUAUUUUUGUUUUUACUGGUUGUCAUGAUACCUGGGUCAUCUCUUCACUUUGAAAUUAGAGUGACUGCUUGCUUACCUUGAAGAAAAAGGAGAAUUGACCAAUAGAUAAUUGAAUUAUAGAGAUUAGGUAUCAAACUACACAUUUGCUGGUUUCCCAAUAAUGGAGUGGCUUAAAUGCCACAACUUCAAUAAAAUCAACUGAAGAAUAUUACAAGAAAAAAAAUUUUUUUUUAUCAGAACUUUGGUAGGUAACAACCACUUUCUGAUCUAAGGACCUGGGAUUAGAUUCUGACCCUUUAACAUUCUAAUAGAGACUUUGGGCAGAUUAUUGAACCGGUAAACUUUAGGUUUUUAGUUUACUAAGUGGAAAUAAUGCCAAUCUCAAAUUUACCAUAAGGAUAAAAUUAGAAAAUGUGUGUGACAAGUACUUUGAAAUAUGAAUAACUGAGUGUGGUAUAGUGAGAAAAGCAAGAGAUUUGUAGUCGAACAGAGCUGGAUUUCAUUCUUACUAAUGGGCGAGGCUCUUAAUCUCUUAAGGACUUCUAUAUUGUCCUUUCUGAAAUAGGGAAGACAUCUGCUCGGAAGACUAUUGUGAGGAUUAAAUGGGGUGGAACAGCCUGUGCUAAGUGCCCCGACCAGGUGUGUGAAUAGAGCCGCAGGAAAGAAAAGGAGAAUGUGGUUUAGGAACUUUAGGGAGAUGCUGGAGGAAAUGGGACUUAUGUUGGACUCUUAGAAUGUUGAUAAAAGGACCCUUUGAACUCUCAGCCUGCCUGUGUAUUGGAUCGGGAUUUGACCAGGAGAGGGUAUUUCAGGUAGGGGGCAGUGCAGAGAAGUGCAAGGGACAUCUGUUAAACACUCCAGAGCUUUGGGAUUUAGUCCCAGGCAGGCUCCCUUCUUUGGGUAGGGGAGCGUUAGUAACUGACAGGGGUUUUUCCUCCCAGCCACUGUGCUAAUGUGUAUUAUCUCACUUAAACUGCAGUUUGGUGAGUUACAGAGGUAUGUUAACUUGACAAAUGAAAACACAGGGACUUCUAAAAACAUGCAGUUAGCACAAGUUGCGUAGCUUAGAGAGCAGUAGAGCAAGUGUUUUAACCCAGGUCAGUUCAACACCAGAACGCAGGUCUAAUGGUAAGGAAACCCAGUAUAAAUCUGUGUCUAAGGAUAUAAAUUCUGUUUGUGGGAAAUAAAUAUUAUUUAUCCUAGUUUUAAAGAAAUCCAGUACACUUGAAUUGCUUUUGGCCUUCUUCAGGGGAAUCUGGAGCAGUGUUUUACUGGGGUGGGGGGAAAGGCGCCGCUGAGAGGCAGAUGGAAGAGAGGGAAGAGUAGCCACUACAGAAGCCUGCAAACACCUGCAGGUGAGGUGCCCUGUAUUUGCACUUGCGUCCUGUUGCAGUGGUUCUCAGCGUGGUCUGCAUCCCUCUGAGGCCCUUUCAGGAAGUCCUGAGGUCAAAAAUACCUUCACGAUACCAAGACUCUGUUUGUUCUUUUCACCCGAAUUCUCUUUUAAGUCUACCAUGGAAUUUUCCAGAAGCUAUGUACGUGACAUGUUGCAACAGAGUGAACACAGAAAAGAUAGGGGCUGCCUUUUAUCAAGACAGACAUUAAAGAGAAUUGCAAAGAUACUGUGCAAAGCAGUGCCACUCUUUUACUAAUUAACAGUUUUUAAAUAAAUUAUGUUUAACAUUUAAGAAAUUUAAUACUUUAAUAAUUUAAAAGAUUUAAAUUUUUCUCUUAGUUUUAAUUUUUAAUAUGCUAAAUGUUAUAAACAAACCCCACUGACCAGAGCUCUUUGGGAUCCUAAAUAAUUUAAGGUGGUAAAGGAAUCCUGAGACUAAGAAGUGUGAGGAUGCCUCUUCUAUGUCCGCCACUAUGAUCAGCAGCCGCUAUUUCUAGCAGUUGUAAUUGGAGGAGGGAGGGGGACCACUUUUUUUUCCUUGGGUCCUUACCCCCUGUGCACGCUCCUUCCUCACGAUGCCUGGGGGGGGGCUGUCUCCUACUGUCUGUCCUACUUAUGUUUCAGCAGGGACACCACUUACCUGGAGCUGAAUGACAGCAAUUGCACUUUUAAGUCAGAUUAAAAUGUAAAGAUACCGUGUGUGUAGUUCCGGGGUCAGGUGAAUGUUUCAGUUGCCUAUAUCUUACUGAUUGUGUAGUUAAAAAUGUUCAGGCUCACUCAGAGCUUUCUUUGUAAAGUCUGGGCACUGAUUGAUAUAAUUUGACUUUAACCUUGGACUCUCUGGUACAGAAUUUCGGUACAGAUUAGAUUAGAAACGUUGUUGGAGGGAAUGUGUGGCUUUUCAGCAUGACAGUGCACUUUUUCCCUGUUCUAGCAGAUAUGUUGGGGAGGUGGCUGCAGAAACGGUCGUUUUAAACAGCCAGUAAUGUGUUCUGGCACCAUCUGUGCAAAGUACUUGCAGAUAAAGUGAGGCUGAGAUUAAAUGUAGUUGUUUUCCAGGAGAACACCAAGCUGCACUUAUUAAUCCUUUCAAACCAGCAAGUCAGCUUUGUGCUCUUUGAGACAAACUAGAGAAUAACACUUGCUAUCUGAAGAUUGUAUUGAUCCUUUGAUUCAAAUACCUGUUAUUUCCAAAUUCUUUUCCCCCCACAGUGCCCUGUGUCGAAGGAAGACCC